ACUGCAUCAGUUCAUACUUGACUUUGACGUUGAAAUUAACUAAAAUGUUUUCCAAGAUAAUCCUCGCUGCUCUGGUAGCUGUAACGGCAUGCUACGAGCAUGGUCAUGCACCAGCAUACUCCUCGCAGCAUAUUUCGAGACACGACGGCCCACCUGAAGUGGUUCAUGUAAAGGGAUACGAUCACGGCAAGGGACAUUAUGAUACGGUUGAUUACCACGCAUACCCAAAAUAUGCUUUCGACUACAAAGUAGAAGACCACCACACUGGUGAUAUCAAGUCCCAGCACGAGGUUCGUGAUGGUGAUGUCGUGAAGGGAGUGUAUGCUCUGCACCAGCCCGAUGGCUCUGAGAGAGUGGUACACUACCACGGAGACAAACACACUGGUUUCCACGCUGAUGUGAAGUAUGGCACUCAUCAUGUUGUACCAAAACAACACAACGGACAUUACUAAAUGUAAACAUUGAUUAUCAAAACUGCUGUGAUAUUUUUAUAUAUUUUGUACAAUUUGUUGUAUUA